AUUAUCAAUUCGGCAUCGGCACUUACACCAGAAAUCAUGGUCUGGAAGAGCAAGUCUCACAUCCCCGUCGAGGCCAAGCCCUCUACUCUCAGACAGCUACUCCCUCUCCUUAUCCUUCUCGUCAUCCUCGGCGGCAUCGCCUUCGUCGUCUACCAAGUAUACCUCGGAUUGACCAAGAUUCGCGACACCACCGAGAAGCGCAUGGCCCGAAGAAACGUCGUCUUUACUAAAGAUGGCCUCAAGGUCGGCGUCAAGCAUGUCGAGCAGGAGAAAUACGUCGACGCCACUCAGAACUGGGUCGUCAAAGCUUGGAACUUGGGGAACCCCACGCCCCCGGUCAAGAGGAAGUAAAAUAUUAGAGGUAGAGCUGUUGCGCGCCUUCGUGGAUUAGAUCGUUCCGCCGAGCGUAGACGACGUAAGACAACUUUGCGAUAUUUCAAAAGACGCCCGGUGGGUUUAUGCGAUUUAGACGGCUCUCUUUUUUUUUUACUAUAUUUAUUACACGUCUAACUCACCCACCCACUUACUCACUUACAUCGAUGAAAUCGCGAGUUUAUGGGACAAGAAAAAAAAGAAAAAAAAGAAGGAUUAACUAUAUACGUAUAGUCGGUUCGAAUCUACUACAUACCGCUGCGCAAGGACUGGGUGCGAAGGGGAAACCUGUACGAUAUACAAUGAUACCCUGGUUGGUGAGCGGAUGGCUUCAUAUAGGAAUGGCGAAGACGAGAGAGUUUGGGCGUUUAAAUUUCUUUCUUCUCCAUUUUCACCUUCUUCCCUUAGGUACCUAACUAAGGUAAAAU